AUGGACCAAGAGGGGUCCAAGAAUGGCCAUGAAGGAGAAGAGAGGAGAACUCAAAAGAUUUCCUUCUUUAAGCUCUUUGCCUUCUCCGAUGCAUGGGAUUACGUCCUUAUGGCCUUGGGCUCGGUGGGUGCGUGCGUGCAUGGGGCCUCCCUGCCAGUCUUCUUCCUUUUCUUCGGGAAGCUCGUAAAUGUUGCUGCAGUUGCCUCUCUCUACCCUGCGUCAGUUUCGCACAAAGUUGCAGAGUACGCACUGGAUUUUCUUUAUUUGGGCUUUGCAACACUGGUUUCAGCGUGGAUAGAGGUGUCAUGUUGGAUGCACACUGGUGAGAGGCAAGUAUCAAAGAUUAGAUUGGCAUAUCUUCGAGCUAUGUUGAAUCAAGACAUAGGGGUAUUUGACACUGAAGCUUCUACUGCAGAAGUGAUUGCCUCCAUUACCAAUGAUAUUAUUGUGAUACAAGAUGCUAUAUCUGAAAAGGUUGGAAACACCAUGCACUUUAUGGCCCGUUUCAUUGUGGGAUUUGCAAUGGGAUUUUCCAAUGUUUGGCAAGUCAGCCUUGUGACCCUGUCCGUAGUCCCCUUGAUCGCCAUUACCGCAGGGACAUACGUAUACUUUGAAACUAGUCUCAUUGCUAGAGUUCGGAAAUCUUAUGUUAAGGCUGGAGAAAUAGCUGAGGAGGUGAUUGGGAAUGUUCGCACUGUCCAAGCAUUCGUGGGAGAAGAAAAGGCUGUGAAAUCAUACAAGACUGCACUUUUUAAAACAUACAAAUAUGGGAAGAAGGCAGGGCUAACUAGGGGCCUAGGAAUUGGAACCACGUACUUUGCUCUUUUCUCUUCAUGGGCACUGGUUUUAUGGUACAACAGUGUUGUGAUCCAUAAGGGCAUAUCAAAUGGAGGAGAGGCAUUUUCCACCAUGGUCGUUGUCGUCAUUUCUGGCCUGGCCAUUGGACAGGCAGCACCAAGCAUUUCCACAUUCAUGAGAGCAAGAACUGUUGCAUAUCCCAUGUUUGAGAUGAUAAAGAGGCAAGCAGUUGUCAAAGCUAGUUCCAAUACCGGAAAGACACUGCCGAGUGUGGAUGGGCGCAUCCAGUUCUGCAAUGUAAGCUUCAGCUAUCCAUCAAGACCAUUUGCACUUGUUCUGGAUGAGUUCGAUUUGGACAUACCACCAGGAAAGAUCACUGCCCUUGUGGGCGAGAGUGGUUCAGGAAAGAGCACUGUGAUCUCGCUCGUCGAGCGAUUCUACGAGACCCUUUCUGGAACUAUAUUACUUGAUGGAUGCAACAUCAAGGAUCUGGAGCUCAAGUGGCUGAGGCAGCAGAUGGGGUUGGUCAGUCAAGAACCUGUGCUUUUCGGCACAAGCAUUCUAGAGAACAUCCUCUAUGGGAAAUUUGAUGCAACUAAUGAUGAGAUCACCAAUGCUCUUAAGCUGUCAGGGGCACUAGCCUUCAUUGACAACCUUCCUGAUCGAUAUGAGACGCAGGUAGGGGAGAGAGGGAUCCAGCUCUCAGGUGGACAGAAGCAGCGAAUUGCGAUAUCUCGAGCAAUACUGAAAAACCCUGCAAUUCUUCUCCUUGAUGAGGCCACGAGUGCACUGGAUGCUGAGUCUGAGAAGAGCCUUCAAGAGGCUCUUGACCGGAUCAUGGUGGGUCGCACGACGGUCUUGGUCGCCCAUCGACUGUCUACGGUCAAGAAUGCAGACAUCAUCGCUGUCGUUAAAGGCGGAAAAAUCGUGGAGACUGGGACUCAUGAGGAGCUCAUUACAGACCAUCAGGGUGCCUAUUUCUCUCUUGCUAACCUCCAAGUGCAGCAACCAUUCCACUUGGAGAAUGCCAAUGCCAAUGCCGAACGAACUCUAAGCAUGAGAUCUUCAACGGAACUAUCAAGGAGAUGGUCGAGCCUUGGACGUAGCUUUCGCUCUGAGAUGGACUCCAUCAGCCAUUAUGAUUCAGAUGUGGAUGACUUGCCAAAGGUGAGGCCGGUUUCUCUGAGAAGAUUAUAUUCCAUGGCUAGGCCUGAUUGGAUAUUUGGGCUGUUUGGAACCAUUAGUGCCUUUGUUGUUGGUGUCCAAAUACCACUCUUUGGUCUUGGAGUUACACAAGCUCUAGUUGCCUAUUACAUGGAUUGGGAGACCACAAAAAGGGAAAUUAGGAAGCUUGUAAUCCUUUUCUGUUGUGCUGCUGUUCUCUCCAUAUUCUCUCAUUCCGCCGAGCACCUCAGCUUUGGAGUUCUUGGGCAAAGACUUACACUUCGUGUUCGUGAAAGAAUGUUUGCAGUGAUGUUGCGUAAUGAGAUUGGAUGGUUUGAUGACAUGAGAAAUACCUGCUCGAUGCUGUCAUCUCGAUUGGAGACCGAUGCUACUUUGCUACAAACAAUCGUUGUUGAUCGCUCAUUGAUCCUCAUACAGAGCAUAGGAAUGAUUGUGUCAUCGGUAGCCAUUGCCUUUGUUUUGAAUUGGCGGAUAACUCUCGUAGUAUUGGCCACAUACCCAUUGAUGAUCACUGCCCAAAUCAGUGAGGCACUAUUCCUGCGAGGUUUUGGGUUGAACUUGAGCAAGGUCUACUUGAAGGCCAACACACUUGCUGCUGAGGCUGCAAGCAAUAUCCGCACAGUAGCUGCCUUCUGCUUAGAAGAUAAGAUUGUUGAGCUCUAUGGUCGUGAGCUCAAGGAACCCUCCAAGAGCUCUUUCCGACGUGGCCAGAUUGCAGGCAUCUUCUGUGGCCUUUUCCAAUGCUGCCUUUACUGUUCCUAUGGCCUUGCCUUGUGGUAUGGAUCGGUCCUAAUGGGCAGGGGGCUUGCGACUUUUGAAUCUGUCAUCAAAAGCUUUAUAGUCUUGAUAAUGGCAGCAGCAGUCGUAGGAGAGGUGGUCGGCCUAGCCCCCGACAUCAUGAAGGGAAAUCAGAUGGCAUCAUCAGUAUUUGAAGUUAUUGAUAGGAAGACUGAGGUGGAUGGUGACAUUGGUGAGGAUGUAGGGACGGUCACUGGGACAAUUGAGUUGCAAAGGGUCGAGUUUCACUACCCUUCAAGGCCUGAUAUCCUGGUUUUCAGAGAUUUUGAUCUGAGAAUAAAGGCUGGCAAGAGCAUGGCAUUGGUUGGGACAAGCGGGUCUGGCAAGAGCACGGUGCUCUCUCUUAUAUUACGAUUCUAUGACCCAAUUGCUGGGAAAGUGAUGAUUGAUGGUAAGGAUAUCAAGAAGCUUCGGUUGAAGUCGAUCCGAAAACACAUUGGCCUAGUUCAGCAAGAGCCAGCUCUUUUUGCCACAACAAUCUAUGAAAACAUAGCAUAUGGCAAGGAUGGUGCCACUGAGGUGGAGGUGGUUGAGGCUGCUAAGCUUGCUAAUGCCCACUCCUUCAUCAGUGCCUUGCCAGAUGGCUACUCGACUGAGGUUGGGGAUCGAGGGGUUCAGCUUUCAGGCGGGCAGAAGCAGCGGGUAGCCAUUGCACGAGCCAUCAUCAGAAAUCCUGCCAUCUUGCUCCUUGAUGAGGCUACAAGUGCACUUGACCUUGAAGCAGAGCGCAUGGUCCAACAAGCACUGGUCACAGUCAUGAAGGACCGCACCACCAUUGUGGUGGCACAUAGGCUGUCUACUAUUCAGAAUGCUGAUAUCAUUUCAGUCUUGCAAGAGGGAAAAAUCAUAGAACAAGGAAAUCAUUCAAGCUUGCUGGAGAAAGAGAAUGGAGCCUACUGUAAUUUAAUUAGCUUGCAGCAACAAUAGCAACAAAAGUAGUAGUGCUGCAUAAUUGAUAUAAACAAGGAUGUUUUGUUUCACAGUACAGAACUCCAUUUUCAUGUUUUACUCGCUGGAAAUUCACAUAAGAUGGCCUUCCAAUAUGGACUGAUUUUUUAUUUUGAUUUAUUAAAAAAAAUACAGACCAAAUUGUUAUCUGAAUAAAUGGUUAAAGAGUCUGUGAUUAUCUGUGAUCA